UCAUUGAUAAUCUUCGAGCAAUAAAAUCGAAUUAUUGAGAGGGAAUAGUUGUUAGGUUAUAAAAAUAAAGUGAUCAUAUAAAUUCUUUUUAAGAUUAUAUGAGAUUUCAUUUCUUAUAUGAUCCAACUUAUCGACGAAUAAAAGUUUAUUUAUUCUGUGAUGAUAAAUAAGUUCCCGAUCUGUCGCCAGAUAGCUCUGAUAACAAUAUCACAAUUUUUUCGAUCUUCAUACAUCAGAUACACACAAGCAAUUUAGAAUAUCAAAUGACACAUGAAUCUAUAUAUAUACACACACAUAUACUAUUAUAUAAUAUAUAGAAUAAUUCCACUACUUCUAAAAAAACCUUUCUUCCAAAAAAGCGUGUUGUGAUUUUUUACAUUGAUAAAUACUUUUUAAAACAUAAUGAAACGAGACACAGUUUCACCAUCUCCUGAUGCGGUAAGCCAAAUAGAUGAAGAGGAUCUGAUAUACAAUGAAGAUGUAAUCGAAGUGAUAGAUUCUGAUACACUUAAUGAUGAAGAAGCAAUGAAGACAGAUCUAGAAAAAGGAGAUGCAUCUUUUGUAUUUACUGGACACAAAUUUGGUUCUGUCUUUUGCGGUUCUUUAAGUAAAGCUGGAAAGUUUGCUGUGACUGGAGGAGAAGAAGAUAAGGCCUAUGUUUGGGAUACAACAUCUGGAGAAAUAAUCCUAAAUUGCACAGGUCAUAAAGAUAGUGUUAUAUUUGCUGAAUUUAAUUUUGAUGAAACUUAUUUGGCAACUGGUGAUAUGAGUGGUGUAAUACAAUUGUGGAAAUUAAGCAACAAAUCUUCUGUCUGGAAUUAUAAUAUGGGAGAUGCUACUUGGAUGAAAUGGCACAUGGCAGCUAAUGUUUUAAUCGCAGGGUCUGUAGAUGGUGAAGUUUUUAUGUGGAAAGUACCUGAUGGGGAUUGCAAAGUUUUACAAAGUUAUGGAUAUAGAGCAGAAGCAGGAGUAAUUUUACCUGAUGGUAAACGGCUUGCAGUUGGAUAUGAAGAUGGCACAAUUCGUGUAUUUGACUUAAAAACAAAUACCAUGUUAUCAAGUAUCCCUUCAAAUAUAGGUCAUACUGCAACCAUAACAGGACUUGACUGUUACUUAGAUAAUAAUUUAAUAUUAUCUGCAGCAGUAGAUGGAAAAACUAUUCUUAGUACAUCACAUACAGGAAAGAUAAUAUCCAUAUUACAAGAUCUUAAUAGUGAACAAGAAACUGACAUGAAAGAUUCUGAUAGUAAUUGGAUAGAAACAGUAGCUUUUUGUAAAGAUCCAGGAUUUCAAGUAGCUGCAACAGGUAGUUUAAAUGGAGAAAUUUUUAUUUGGGAUAUUUCAAAACAAAUACUUCGACAUAAAAUAGAACAAGAAAGUGGUAUAAGUAAAGUUCUGUGGAAAAGUACUACAUCAUUCCUUUUUUCUGGUGGACUUGAUGGUAUUCUCAGAUGCUUUGAUGCAAGAAGUGGACAAUGUUUACGACUACUUACAGGACAUUCUGAGGAUAUUCUUGACUUACAAAUAGCAGAAGAAGGACAAAUUGUACUAACGACAUCAGAUGAUUCUACUGCAAGAAUAUUUAAUAUUGCAAAUUUGUUUUAAUGUAAUCUGAUAUUUAGGUAUUUAAAAAAAUUUAUUAUGUUCAUAAAUAUAAAUAUACAUGUGUAUACAUAUUAAGAAAAUGG